ACUUUUGUUGUUGAUUCAUGAACUAAAAAAAUUCUCAGAAACCGAAAGAUUGGUUCUCCGACUCGAGUUUGAGUUUGACUGCGAACUGCGACUGUCCGUACGUCAGUCAGGGAGAGUUCUAGAUAAGGUAUAUUGAAGUCGCAGUAAGAAGACUUCUGAUUCAAAUAGUUAACCUUCUAUACCAGUGUGUAUAAAGGUUUAGAGCAGUACAAUGAAGUUUUUAACCCUAUUGACAGUUUCCCUUUUGGGCUUAGCCAAUGUGGCUCAAUGUGAAUUUUGCUACAAUGACGUUGUUCGAUCUUGUGGAGCAAUUGGUGGCGACAUUGGCAACUGCAACUCCAACUACUCCGGAGUCAACACAGUGUCAUCAGACCUGCAGCACUACGCAGCCACCCACUUGGAACAGAACUGGAAGUACUUGUUGAUGUCAGCCUAUUUCAACAACUAUGAAGCUAACCGAGAGGGCUUCAGUAAGCUGUACCGCAAGCUGGCUGAUGAUGCAUGGGAGGACACUUUGGACAUUGUCAAGUACAUGGCAAAACGUGGCUUUAACAUGGACUACAACAUAACUCCGAGGAGGAAGGUCCAGAUCCAGUCAUACAAGAUGUCCGAGCUGAGCAGUUUGGCCACUGCUCUUGAUAUGCAGAAGGUGUUGGCCGAGACAGCCCACGAGAUCCACAGUGAAGUGACCGUGCGCAAGAAGACCUUCCAUGAUGCAGAGACCAUCAACUUCUUGGAGACAGAGUUUGUUGCCAAGCAUGCUGACAGUAUCCGAGACCUGGCCGGCCACGCUAACGACCUUCAUCAACUCAUCAAGGGCAACAAAGACCCCAGCCUUGCUAUCUAUCUGUUUGACGAACAUCUCAAGAAAGUGGUUGGGUAAAAGAAUAACUGCACACCUAUGUAUUUUAUUGUGAUAACUAUUGUAGUUUCUAGCUUGUGUUCAUUCUUCCUUUGGUAGACUUAAUUGUUUUAAUUUUCCAUGACCUGAGGAUUUAAUAGUCAAUUUACGAAUUUCAGUUUAUCACUUUAAUGUAAUUUAACCAUUUAUCUAGUGAGAGUUAAGGCCAAUUGUAGAUUUUAGGCUCUAAUGACACUGUUAUUUUUGUAAACGUUUAGCUUAAGGUUAAAUAAAGUGUAAAUUUUCAAAA